AUGACUCCUCCGCUGGGAGGCCCUGGCAGCAUCUCAUGGGACGGUGGAGGCCGCCCCGAGUCCUACCCGGGGCUCCAUGUGAAGCCCGAGUCCAGGCAGGCCCUCUUCCAUGGGGCUGUGGCCAGCUGCUUCUGCAUGGCCACUGUCUACACGGUGUUCAAUGGCAUCUUCGUCCAAGUGGGCUAUGAACACCGUGCCGAAGCCCGCAUAGCCAGCCUCCCCGCCUUCCUGGCCAUGCCCUUCAACUUUAACUUGGCCUACGUCCUCCUGGGGGUGUACUGGCUACAGAGAAAUGCUAGGGCCCCAGGACGCCCCAUGGAGGCGCAGAGGGCUCGCUACCUGAAGGAUGUCUUUGCUGGCAUGGCCCUGGUCUAUGGCCUGGUUCGGUGGCUGUGGAUUGCGACGCAGUUGCUUGACCAGUGGCUCACCUUGCCCAUCUUUGCAUGGCUGGUGGCCUGGCGCCUCUCCCUAGACGGGUCGGGGUUGUUCCUUGCCAUCAAGUAUCUCUCCCUGGGCAGUUACGGCCUCGCCCUGCUGCACCCCUGUGGGUUUGAGGUUGCGCUGGGCGCCCACAUCGCAGCUGCCGUGGGCCAGGCCCUGCGCCCACAGGCGCUAUGGCACGGCACUGCCUCCUCGGGAGUCUCCUUGGCUCCGGGCAUGCUCUCCUGCUUGGGCUGUGUGGGCCUCGAGCUGUGUGACCAUCAGCUCGUGCAGUGGCAUCUCUUCCAGUGGCUCACGGGCCCCUUCUGGUCCAAAGCCUGUGAUGUGCUCCAGUUCCACUUUGCAUUCUUGUUUCUGACAAAUUUAAACACUUGCCGAAGCCCUCCUCCUGAGGGGAAGCUGUCAUUGGUGUUAAACUUCCCGGAUGUGAGACGAUACGAGGAUUACAUGGAAGACUGUCCCUUCCCUCGAAGUUAUGGGCGUCAAGAUUUAGAGGUGAAAUGUUAUGCUGUCUGCAACUUACUUUCAAAGAGACUUACUUACUUCAAGACACUGUCAUGGAACAUGCUCCGCAUUUAA